GUGGCAAACUAUGGCAAACGGUAACCAAUUGACAAGUAUGGCCAAAUGUAGCUAAGUUCCACCGAGCGGAAAUGUUUAAAAAAGGCGAUUAUUCUAUUAGCCAAUUUCAUGAAUAACCAAAGGUAUUGUGCUCGAUCGAUGCCAACAAUUUUAGAGACUAAGUGCCUUUAAAUUAUCGUCUCCGCAUUACCGGCACUGCAAUUCAGAUGUACGAGAAUGGCUAAGCAAGGAAUCGUUCAGAAAAGUUUAAUGAAAUGUAAUAUUUUGGAAAACACGGUGGCUCCUUUAGUGGAGCGUCAAAAAGAACUGUUGAUAGCUCUUGAAAAUGAAGUUAGUUCCUGGGAUGUUGAGAAUACAAAAAACGCUGUACAGCGGGCCGCACCAGUUUGCGAGUCGUACUCCCAUAGCGGUCGGAUUGAAACUAGCGACGAGUUACUGCGAUGUUAUGGGGAGCUAGAAAGAAGGUAUAUGUAUGGAGAAGAUACAAAAUAUGCUUUGGUUCUGGAGCAACUUACAUGUAGGAAAGCAGAGUUGGACGAAUUAUGUAUUCGUGUAGAUGGAGUUCUGGAAGAGCUAUCGACAUUCAUUCAACGGUAUACGACGGUUUCUGAUAAAACAACACCUCUUUAUGUGGCCAGUGAACAACUCAUCUCCGAUCAAAAGGUAUUGAAGUGCUUAGUCGAUGGCAUUACGGAACGCGUAAAGUACUUUAAAGCCGUCGAUUAUAUCAUGGAGAAAUUAAAUGCACCAAUGUUAUCUGUAAAUAGUGAUGUGUUUUUUACUAUACUGAAUGAUAUCGACACUAAUAUGGACUUUAUAGAAAAUAAUACAUCCUUCAGGGAGAGCAAUUCUUAUUUGGUCAAGUACAAACAUUGUCAGUCAAAAGCAAUAACUCUUAUACGACAUUAUUUAUUUAAUUUAUUUACUAAUGCAACGGAAAGUAUUCUUCAUCCUAAGGAGGAUCAUUCUGCCCCUAAGAAUUCGGAUGCCACGUUGGCUUUAUUCUAUGGAAGGUUCCAGACCAUUUUACCUAAGGUAAAAGCAAUCGUCGAACAGGUCGAAGCAAAGUCAUAUAAGAGGCCUGAGUAUGAUAAUCUGUUAGUCGAGUGUCAGCAGCAUUAUCUACAUCAACGCGGAAUGGUAUUAGGACCAAGCGUUCAAAAUGCUUUGCAGUCCGUCAAAGAAACUUACAAUGGCGAUCAUUGCAGCUUGGUGAGAAACUCUUGUGCCUUGCUGUUGCACGCGUCGAUCGACGAACACAGAUUGUUCUAUCAGUUUUUCUCCAAGCCUGCUUCUGGACUCGAAGAUUACCUUGAGAAUCUGUGCAUCUCGUUGUACGAUAUGCUCAAACCCUUUGUGGUAAAUAUCAAUCAUUUGGAAACAUUGGCUGAGAUUUGCUGUAUAUUUAGAAUUGAAAUGUUAGAUGAACACGUGCAAACCAAUCUGGAACCUCUGCAAGGUUUUGGUAAUGUGUGUUUACAACUGUUGCACGAUACAAGAGAAAGACUGAUCUAUCGUGCCCAUUUGUAUCUGCGUUCGGACAUCUUAAAUUACAAUCCAUCACCUGGAGACUUGGCAUACCCGGAUAAAUUGAAAUUAAUGGAGGAUAUAGCGGAAUCGAUACGCGAAGAAACUCGACAAACAAGAUUAAAGAGGAUUUCAUUGUCGUCAUUGGACACUACUUCUUCGGACUUGACAUCGCGAAAUCAUCUCGUGAUGGAUCCUCUGUAUCAAAAACCUCACGUUGGUAAUUCACCAGCCGAUUUGCACGGCAUGUGGUAUCCUACCGUUCGGCGGACGCUGGUUUGCUUAUCGAGGCUUUAUCGAUGCGUCGACAGACCGGUUUUCCAAUCAUUGAGCCAGGAGGCUAUUACUUUGUGCGUACAAAGCGUAGAAAGUGCAGCACAGAAAAUUCAAGGAAGAGCUACGUUAUUGGAUGCAGAACUUUUUCAAAUAAAACACCUAUUGAUACUUCGAGAACAAAUUGCUCCCUUUCAAGUAGAUUUUACCGUUAAGGAGUAUAGCUUGGAUUUUUCCAAAGUAAAAACUGCCGCUUUCAGCUUAUUGGAGAAACGCUCGAGAUUGUUUAGUUUAUCUAAUAACGCACUUCUGGAGUUCUUAUUAGAGAGUGCACCGCAAAUGAAAGAACAGUUGAUUGAUUCGAGGAAGCACGUGGACACAAGACUUAAAUCUAGCUGUCAGCGAUUGAUCGCGUAUGUGACGAACUUAAUUGUGAACCCAAUUACGGUAUUCUUGGAUGAAUCAAAGUUGUGUAUCGAUCCGAAUGGCACGAGUCGUUUGCGGCAACAUCCGUGUAGUGGUGUCGAAAAGGUGGCGGAACUGGUACGCGAAACGUUGCGUCUAAUCAAGUUUAAACUACCGAGCAUUCAGCAGUCAUUGCAGUUGUACCUUGCCAAUAGAGAGACCGAGUGUAUCUUGUUUAGGCCAAUAAAGAACAAUAUCGUAGCUACUUUUACUCAGCUGGCACAGUUGAUAAACAGUCAUUAUAACGAAGAAGAAUUAUCAGUCAUUGCAUGCCCACUGCCUGAGCAAGUUUCCGUCAUGCUUAGUUCGAGCAGUCUGGUGCAAGAGAAGGGAACGCAUAAUGUGGAAAAAGAUAUACCGGUGGAAAGUCGGCAUCCUGUUGAUAAUUCUCUAUCUAGUUACGCAAAUCAGGGUGAAACUCAAAAUUUGGAGAAAAGAAUGGACAUGAUAGGAUCGCUAGAAACUUUCUCCAAAGAUACUCCGGAUGAACAGUAGUCAAAAAUUCUUUAUUGCAUACGUGGCGAACACAUACAUAAGAAACCGUUACGUUAAUAUUUCUGUGAGAGGUAAGGUGUAAUCGGAUAUAAAUAGUAGAAGUAUGUUAAUGUUAAACUCAGUGCAACGUAUCGGAACGUCAAGUUUCCUUAUACUCUUUGGAAACUUUGUGAAAAAAAAAUGUUGUCUCCUUUCCGAGUUCUAUGUAAAUAUGUAGACAUCGUAUACCUUAGGACACGCAUUUUGUAAUACGAUUUUCAAGCUCGAUACUCCAGGUGACUACAAAUAUAGUAUUUUUACAUAAUUCAAACCAAGAUGUACAGAUUGAUGAUCGAUGUGGAGGAAUAGAUUGUUUAAUGAAAAAAACAAAAUA